AUGUCCAAGUUAACCAAGUACCUCCUCAUUUCUCUCCCCUCAUCCAUCACUCCCUCCCACCACCGCGACGAUGCUCUCGAAACCAUCACAUCCACCGUCGGUGCGGACAACGGCACGGUCGCUCCCUUUCCGAUUCCCGAAUUCAAGAUCGGCACCCUCGACGCUCUCGUGCAGCAAGCGGACGAACUGGCUAAGCUAGAGGCUGCUUGCCAAGCUGUGGUUGGUAAGGUCGGCGAUGCGUUGAAGAAUGUCCUGGAGGGAGACGAGGCACAGAUUGAGAAGAUGAAGACGGUGAAUGAUAAACCCGUGGAUCAGUACCUCCGAACGUUUUCAUGGAACAAGGUCAAAUACCGGGCCGACAAGUCGCUAUCGGAAUUGAUUGACCUUCUACAAAAAGAAGCUGCUAGUAUCGACACCGACCUCCGAUCGAAAUACUCCCAAUACAACCAAAUCAAGAAUACCUUGGCCACCCUCCAACGGAAACAAACGGGAAAUCUAUCUACCAAGUCCCUUGCUUCCGUUGUCGACCCCCGCAGCCUCGUUCAGAACUCCGAGUACAUCGAAACACACCUCGUUGCCGUUCCAGCGCAGCAAGUGAAAGAAUUCCUUAAAACCUACGAAACCGUAGCGCCUAUGGUUGUUCCCCGCUCCGCAACCUUGGUAGCCCAAGACAACGAAUUCACCCUGUACGGCGUCACGGCAUUCCGCAAGCACAGCACGGAGUUUGUGCACAAGUGCCGCGAACAGAAAUGGAUUCCCCGCGACUUCAAAUACGUGGAAGGCGGAAAGGAAGAGGAGCGCAAGGAGGUCGAGCGCGUGGGCGGUGACGAACGCAAGCUCUGGGGUGAGACACUGCGACUGGGUCGGACAUCAUGGAGCGAGGCGGUUAUGGUGUGGGUUCAUGUUCUUGUCCUCCGGGUAUUCGUCGAGACUGUGCUCCGGUACGGUCUUCCGUUGGACUUUGUCUGCACGCUUGUCAAGACGCCGAGCUCGAAACAAGCCGACAAAGCCAAGAAGAACCUCGACGAUAAGUACUCGUACCUAGCCGGAAACGCCUUCGGACGAGACAAGAAGGGCCGUGUUAAGAAGGAAGAUCCGAACGAGAUGCAUGGGGUGGAGGGCGGUGGCGCAGAGUACACGGCCUAUGUGUACUACGAUUUUGAAUUCAAUUGA